AUGUCUGUCUCUACAAUCCUCCACUCUUCUGCGUUACCACUCUCACUCCCCUUUCAACUUCGCCUUCCCAAAACUUUGUCACGCUCUUCACCGAUGGCCACAACAGCAUCGGCAUCUCCGCAUGCAAUUGGAAGCGAUAGCGGCGUUUCGAUUAAGGGUGUAUUAUACCCUGCACUGGCUCAUUCCAACACGCUUUUCUUCAAAUCAGCGUACAACGUGCAGAUCGUAGUGGGCGACGAUGAGCCCGAAGAUAGAAUCGUUUAUCGCUUCAAGAAGGAGGUUCUCAAGGCCGGUGUGCUUCAGGAGUGCAGACGUAGAAGGUUCUUUGAGAACAAACACGACAAGAUCAAAAGGAAAGCCCGCGAAGCUUCUAGAAGGAACCGUAAGAGGAAGCCGAAGUCAAGAGUUUCGGCACAAAAUAAACACGAUUCUGAAAAGAAAAAGGAUAAUGAUGACAAUGAUACAGAUAUUGAUAAUUGGGAUCUUCCUGUUGUAGAUAUUCCAUACACUUGA